AUAAAAAUUAGUGACGCAUUCGACGGGAAUACUUCGGGAGAAUAUGAACAUUUGGUUUGGAAAUUAACCCCGCGGCGCCUGCAAUGAUUAUUGUCAAACCAACAAUAGAGAAUCCGACACACCCUGUUGUAUUUGCCCUUUUUUUGUCUUGAAAAGGAAAGUUUUGAUUAAUUCUUAGUAUUUUUAAUUAUGAUUGCAGUUUGGGGCUUACCUUGGUUAUAAGUAGUUGAGGGGUUUGUCGCAUUUUGAAUCAAUUUCAUAUUCAAUCUAAAUUUUGAAGAGUUGUUGUGUUUUUCUCUAUGCUUUCUCGGUAGUUUUUAUUGUAAUAUGGUUUUGUUUGAAUUUAGUUAUGAAUUAUGGGUAGAUUUAGGCAUUUGCUAUGAAAUUCUGACUCGUAGUAAUUGUACAGGUGAAGUUCAAGUCUUCAGUUCAAUCCAAGUCUAACUAUAGAGUAGCUAUCUAAGAGCUUUGGAGCUGGUUCUUCUUUUGGACUGAAAUAAAGAUUACCUGUUUUUAUAUACUGAGUAUUGGUUGAUCCCCAGGGACUCAAUGGGAACCGAAUUUGAAACAAUAGAGGCAAGAAUUACAUCUAUGCUUCCCCAGCUCCAAUCUGAGUGUGGCAUCCUACAGAGAAUGGUGUACAAGAAUAAGAACCAGCACCGGCGCAGCUCCUAUUUCCAGCGUCUUUUGAAGGUUAGGAGGGAUUUAAGACUUCUGCAAUCGGCAAACAUGGAGGAGCUUGUAUCAUCAUGUCUCCUUGUUAUCAAAGGAGAUAGACCAAAACAGAAGCUUCAUCUUUUAGGGAGCUUAAAAAGGAGAAAAUGUGAUGGUGAUAAACAUAAUUUUAUGGAGCGUCUGUUAGGAGCUGCACGCUUACUAGCUGAGAUGGUUGAACCUAUACUGAAGGCUGCUUCUGAGGUAUCUGUGUUGUUUGCUCAAUCUUUUUUUAUGGGAUUUUCUGUGACAAUCAUGGCUUUGCUUGCACGUCUUCGAGUUCUGGUUCAACAAAUACUGCUUGAUGUUGUUUCAUUGUUCAACAUGGUUUCUUCCCUCUCUAUAUCGAAGCAAUCAAUAAAAAUAACUCAUAAUGGAAUUGAGGUUUUUAGAGAUUUCUACCCUGUUAGUGAUGAUUUUGUUACAUUAGAGUGUGUUUGGAAAUCAGACAAGUUUAUAUUACUUGAGAGGAAGCAUAAAACGAAUGAUGAAAGUCAUGUUGAGGACUCUGGUGGAAAUGUUUCUGUCCAAACAUCAGAUGUUAAUUAUAAUAGUAUUGAGUCUUUUCUUGGGGAUGAUCAGCUUUUCCAUGAGAGAGUAGAAGCAGAUGUUGUUGCAAAAGAAGAUCCUAAUCAUAUCGAUGAUAUGAAUGCUGAUUUGUUGACUGGCUCAUCACAAAUUGAUGACAAGGAAACUAGGUAUAGUGAUCAAGACACCACAAAAGCCUUCAUCAACGAAUCUUCACAAGAGGCUGGUUUGCCUGCAUCAUCAAGGUCUUCUACCAAUGAUAAACUUCAAUCUUGUCCGAAGAAGGUCGCAUUUGUCUCAAUCAAGAAUCUUACAUUAAUGCGACACAAAUCUUAGUCUGUUUGGUUGCUCGUUACUAACACUAGAUCCAUGUCUGGGCUGAAGCCAUAAUUUAUAGGUUCUGCAUAUUAUUUGAUGAUUGAUGCAAAAAUUUGGCCAAAACUUGAAGUCACAAACGUGUGUUUGAAACACGGUACUAAUGCCAAGACAUACAACUUCAUGGGAAAUUGAAGGGGCCAAACAAAGGAUGACAUGGGGGUUUCACUUGUUAGUUAUUUACUUGUGUAAAUGCAAAGGGUAAUUUUAAACAUAACUUGGUAUACUUAUUGUUUUGAUUUCUUAGCAAGUCUUUUUAGAAUACUCUUUGGUA